AUGUCUGUGCCGCCCAAAUUCGCGGGUAUCAAGCUCGCCUCAGCAGGACCCUCUCCCCACACGCUCGAGUUGUAUCUCGACUACGUCUGUCCGUUCUCGGCCAAGCUGUUCAACACCUUCUACGCGCUCCGACCGAUGAUUGCCCAGCAGUACAGCCCGAAACUCCAGGUCAUCUUCCGCCAGCACAUUCAACCGUGGCACCCGUCGUCGACCCUCGUCCACGAGGCCGGGGCGGCAGUCCUCCAACUUUCCCCCGAGAAGUUCUGGGAAUUCAGUGCGGUCUUGUUCCAACACCAGACCGAGUUCUUCGAUGUUAGCGUGGUCAACGAAACCCGGAACAAGACAUAUGCCCGUCUGGCCAAAAUUGCUGGGAGUGUCGGCGUGGACGACAAGCAAUUCCUGGACUUGCUGACGAUCAGCGACACACCCGGCGAGAAUGGCAGUCUGAAUAGUGGCAAUCAAGUCACCAACGACAUCAAAUUCAUGAUCAAGGCGGAUCGAGCCCUGGGGGUCCAUGUUUCGCCAACGGUGUACUUCAACGGCGUGGAAGAGCCUGGUAUCAGCAGCAGCUUCACGGCCGCCCAGUGGGAGGAAUGGCUGGCCAAGAACGUGGUCUGA